AAACAUGUUUCAUGUUUGUUUCAAUGGUGCUCUCUCGAGUGUUUAUUUUAUCUCGGAUUUUCAAUCAAUUUUCAUGAGUUUUUCACCAAAAAUCAGGCAUUUCAAGGAGAAUUUGCUUUAUAAGUAAAUUCCUGCGCAACAUAAUUGAUGAGGUUACCUCGCGUGCUUUAGGAUGUUCCGGGAAGGAUUGAAAGCGCUUUCCCGCAAGCCGGUAGUGCAAAAAAUCAUCACAGGACAUCGCAAAGCCUUCAGUUUGAAGUAUCUUGUCUUUACAAAUGUGGCAAUCUCAAUGACACUCUCCGCCACGGGAGAUAUGCUCGAGCAGCAGUAUCAGAAGAAGUUUGGGCAGCAUCCUAGAUGGGAUAGGCAGAGGAGUCUCAGGAUGGGAGUCACGGGCAUUACCGUGGGGGUUGUUUGUCACUACUGGUACAACUUUAUUGAUAACUUCCUGCCCGGAAGAACGCUGCGACUUGUCUUGAAGAAGGUAGUUCUGGAUCAGAUGAUUGGAUCCCCCUUAGUAAUUUCAACGCUCUUUGUCACCCUUGGGCUUCUCGAUGGACAGUCUAGGAGUGAAAUUGUGGAUGAGAUGAAGCAGAAAUUCAUUAGACUGUAUACGGCAGAAUGGAUUAUUUGGCCACCGGCACAAAUUAUCAAUUUCCUGUGGCUUCCGUCCAAAUAUCGUGUCCUCUACGACAAUACCAUCUCACUGGGAUACGAUGUCUACACAUCUCGUGUUGCAAAUGAUACCAGCUAGCAGGCGGAAGUAUUCUUCUAUAGUCUCUGAGAGGAAUUUUCAUCUCAUCAGGAGAUCUAGAAGAACUUCCGGAGCGUCUUUUAUCUUUUAAUCUUCGGAAAAAGGCUCUUAUGGUAAGGAAAUGAGUGUUCUCCAGCAGAGAUUUGAAGUAGAGACCGAAGUCGAUGGACUUUUCGUCGACGACGACUUGAUGCAAAGUUUGCAUCGACUUCGACGACUAAGUCGAGUUAGUCAGUCGAGCAUAAGUCGACGACGACUCAACGACUUAGUCGACUUAUAGAGGAAAAUUACACAAAAUUUUUUAUACAGAGCAUAAAGUUUAUAAUUAAAUAUU